AUGAAAUUUCAUCUCGCCAUAUCCGCAGCUUUUGCGGCAGGUGCUUAUGCUGCCGAUGUGGGCAAACACUGGAAAAUCGGCUGGAUUGACAAUGUGAAUCCGGACGGUAAGUUUCCUCGCCGAGCUAUCGGCAUCAAUGGCAAGUUUCCGCACGACCCUGUGAGUAUCAACUCGAACGAUUUCCUCCAUAUCAACGUGUCGAACGCGUUCGGUGAUGGAAGGCCCACGACAUUGCAUGCCCAUGGCUUGUACUACCAGAAUGUCAAUUACUUUGACGGGGCUGCAAAUGUUGCGCAGUGUCCUAUUCCAGAUGGCCAGUCAUUCAACUAUGAAAUACUGAACUCGCCUAGAGCAGGAAAAACAGAAAGUCAGUGGGGAACUUAUUGGCUUCAUGGACAUUAUAAGGGACAAUACACCGACGGACUUCGCACUCCUUUCAUCAUUCACAACGCCAAUGGAGAGGUUUACGAUUACGACGACGAUUACACCGUUGCGUUGACCGAUUGGUAUCAUGAAGAACACGGAUACCUUAAGCACCACAAGUUUCUGAAACCAGACCCUAUCUAUCCUACCCCGAAGGAAGGACUUAUGUAUUUUGCACAUACAAAGGCAAACCAAACGGCAAAGAACCUUCCAGGAUACAACGAAAACGCAACGCUGCCGUUCGAACCAGGAAAGACUUAUCGCCUGCGACUCAUCAACAUGUCCGCAGCCAGCAGGUUCGACUUUUGGAUUGAGGGACAUGACAUGGACAUUAUUGAAGCAGAUGGUACAGAUGUUAAACGCUUCGCUACGGAUGUGGUGCAGGUGGGAAUUGGCCAGCGUUAUUCUGUGCUCGUCAAGGCCCGUAAUUCGGCAGAGAACGAUUGGCGGAUUCACGCAGACAUGGAAAAGGAUAUGUAUGGAGGUGGCUUCAAGCACCAGGAUGGAGAUCACUUGAGGUUAAACUUGACCAGUAAGGUUUCGUACGGAAAAAAGAACGCAAAAUUGGGUAAAGGCCGGAAGACGAUUAGCACCUUCAAGCUGUUCGAUGAUCUUUUGUUGGAACCGGUGCACAAGGAGUCUGCUGAAACAAAACCUGACAUGGCCGUAACCCUGAUGGUAGGCAUGAACUCUACUGAAGAUGGAAUUCCGAUUGGUACUUUCAAUGGAACUCAAUUUAAAGCACCACUGACGCCGCCUAUCUUGACUAUGAAAACAGAGAAUGAUACAGCCAUCAUGGACCCCAAGAUUUAUGGCCCGAAUUCUAAUGCAGUCGUGGCGCCUUACAACAGCACAGUGGAACUCAAGCUCGUGAGUGCUGGUGGUGCACAUCCCUUCCAUUUGCACGGAACCAAGUUCCAGCUGGUUGAAAGAAUGAAGAAUACGAGUCUGCCGUGUACAAAGCAAUGCUCCCGAGAAAAUCCAUUGCGUCGAGACACAGUGAUUUUACCUGCCGGUGGAAGCGUAACAAUGCGAUUCCGGGCUGAUAACCCUGGUGCGUGGAUGAUGCACUGUCACAUGGACUGGCAUUUAGCUGCAGGUUUGGCUAUGAUGGUAAUUCAAGCCCCAAGAGAAGCUAAGAAAAUGCUCGACGUGCCAUCUUAUUUCCCGCAGCAAUGUCGAAUGCAAGGCUUGCCUGUGCACGGCAAUGCAGGCGGCGUACGAGGAAGCACGACGGAUUUCGGACGGUUGAACUAA